AUGCAGACCGAAGGCCGUCGCGGGAAAUACGAGCUCUCCCUCAGCCCAGGAGCUCCUCUCGACGCCGUCGAUAAACUUAUUCUAGUUCACGACACCUUGAAAAGGGAGCUGGAGAAGCACGACCUCGUCGUAACAAUGGCACCGCGCCCGGUAGCCCAACGCCGACAGGCGACUGGGCAGCAUACACAUAUCUCAAUCUCCAACACAGAAUUAUCCUCCAACUUCUUGGCGGGCAUCUUGGGGCAAUUUCCUGGGAUCUGUGCGGUAUGUAUGCCGUUCGAUAUCUCGUAUGAGCGAGUUCGGCCGUACUUGGGGGGUGAGAUUGUUGCAUGA